AUGUUUCAGAUUCUAGAUGUGCUGGAUCUCAAGGAGAGAUUUGACGAAUUUCUUUUGAUGUCCUUCCAACGCGAUAAAGCGUUCAAGAAUAUCAUUCAAGCUGAAUUUGAAACUUUCGUCAAUCUCAACAAGAAUAGCCCGGAAUAUCUGUCACUUUAUAUGGACGAGAAAUUACGAAAGGGAUUCAAAACGCAUAUGGCAAGACGACUGUUGCUCGAUAGAAGUCUCUCGGAUGAUUUGGAGAGGAUGAUGAUUAGCAAGCUCAAGGUAAUGAGCGAUUGCAUUUGCAUUGUCUGUUGUUUUUGUAUGUGCCGUAUCACGGAAUGCGGCUAUCAGUUCACUCUGAGACUCGAGAAUAUGUACCGCGACAAAGAGCUAUGGUCUACUCACGCUGCUGCUUUCAGAGAAGUUAAAGAGGCCUUACCCGGUGAAAAUGUGAUCGACAUCUCAGUACGUGUACUGACAGCUGGUGUUUGGCCUACUCAAAGUGCUCCUGUUUGUAUCUUACCUCCAGUUUGUGAGAACGCAUUCAAUGUGAGUUCUUAUGGAUAAUU